AGAUAAAUGUAUGAUUCUGAACAUGUUGCUUCCAAAACUGUUCUGUGUCGAAAACAGAAAAUUGCAGUGGGGCCAGACAAUGGGAAGUUAAAUAUAGGUAUAGAUUAGCCAGCCAUGUUUUCAGCCUUGCUGCAGAAGAUUGGGCACAGAGAAAGGAAUGCCACUUGACCUUUCUGGUGUAUCAACUGCCCAAGCCUCUAUUUAAAAGCUAGGGUGACACAUUUCCCUUUGGGACUAAUGUGUGUAGAUGGUGUAUAAGACGGUGCUCCUUGGUUACAGCUAAGGAAACGGCUGGAUAUUUUUCUACCAAACUCAAGGGAAUUACUUUAUGAGAAACCAUGUCAUCUGCAAAGCAUAAUCAUAUGAAGGCAUAUUUAAGCUUUUCUGAGCUGGCGAUUAUGGCAGGCCAUUUGAGACCCUCCUUAGCAGGCAGACAUUCUAAAAUACCUUACUAUGAUGUUGAAAUACUUGAUGCCAAUACUAAACAGCAACUCUGUGUUCUGGAAAAGGUUCCUGCAUCAUCUACAAUACUAGAUAUUAAGAACAAGUUCCGCACAACAUGCCCCCAUUGCUGUCCUUCCCAUGUGGGACUUCGAUUAGAUCGCAGUGGGCCUUGUCUGAAAGAAACAAAAGUCAUACACAGCCUAGCAUCAUCAUCAAUUGUAACACUGUAUUCCAUAAACAUUGGACCUCAGAUCAGUUGGAUCACAGCUUUCCUUUCACAAUACACCGGAGCACUUUUCAUCUACCUUCUCUUCUAUUUCCGUCUACCAAGUUUUUAUAACUCUGAACAUACAAGAAACCCCAGUGAUUCAGUUGUACAUAUGGCGUGCUUUUGUUAUUGCUUUCACUAUAUUCGACUAAUUUUGGAAAUAAUCUUCAUCCACAAGAUCGCAGGAGGAUAUACCCCUUUGAGAAAUAUAUUUAAGGGCUGCAUUUUAUAUUGGGGGUUUUCUGCAUGGAUAGCUUACUACAUCAAUCAUCCUCUGUACACACCACCUAGUUUUGGUGACAAUCAAACUGUUCCUGCAAUGACCGUUUUCCUGCUAUGUGAAGUUGGGAACUAUUUUAUAAAUCUGACUUUAGUCCACCACAAUGAGUCAGGUGACAUAACAAGUCUUCCAUGCCCAACCUUCAAUCCAUUUACCUGGCUAUUUCGACUGGUCUCCUGUCCAAAUUAUACUUACGAGACUGGAGCCUGGAUUAGCUUUACUAUCAUGACACAGACACUUCCAGCUGCUAUCUUUACUGGUAUGAUGUUCAUUCAGAUGUCAUUAUGGGCCAAAAAGAAACAUGAAAUAUACCUGAGAAAUAUGAAGAACAAUUGUAACCAUAUGAUGUCUAUAAUUCCAUUUUUGAUAUAGAAGGGAUGAGCUUAUCAUCAAAGGCCAUGAGCAUUUCAUCACCUACAGUAGUGCACUUGCAGUGAUCUGUAACAACUUCUGCCUAGAAUAUCUCUCUAAAGUUCUUGGUGAUUCAGCAAACUUUAUAUCCUGUUUUGCUUGAAAUGCAAUCUGUGCCUUCAGUCUGAACUUAGACAAUAUUUGAUUGUAUCAUAAAACAACUGACUGGAACACAGCAGUUUUUUUCCAUCAAUGGAGCUGAAUAAUCAUAGAAGGAUAAUUUACUAUUUGCUGAGGUUCUACACCAGUCAGUAACAUAAACUGAAUUGUCCCACAAUGACAUUUAUAAUUUUCAUGUGCUGUUACACUAAACUAGUCAGAUUCAGACAUUUUGCCAUUUAGCCUAUAUCUGAAUUCUGAAGCCUUGCGAAGCUCUUACAUACAUUGCAUAGUAACAAGCAAUUUGCUUCUGAUUUUAUAUUACUUAUACAAAUGUUCUUGAUUUUGGUAUGUAUGAUAUCAAGUCCACUAACAAUAAUUAUAAAGAUCCUUGUUUUCAUUAUUUGCAAAUGACCUGAAACAGAUUAGCAGAACCUGUUGUUUUACUUUUUGUAAAAGAAAAAAAAUGUGGCCGGACCAGCACACCUACCUCUAUUACCUCAAAGUGUAUUCCAUAUCAGAGUAUGUUGUUUACCCCAUUUCAUUUAUAGUAAAUGUAUUCCAUCAUUGCAAUAUACUUCCCUAACCUCAAUCCUGAUGUCUGUCUCACAGUCACAAAAAGCAAAAGAGAGCACUUGAAGGAAAUCUGUAUUUAGGGCUGCUUGUAUGUUUCUCACUUAAUUUCACAGUAACUUUUUAUAAAGAUUUUGUAGUUUUUAAGCACCAUAAGCUCAAUUUUUAAUUCUUAGAAUAAAUGCUCCAUGUUUCUUUAAUUGAUAGUGACAGUCCAGGUCACUUCUCUUUACCUCUUUUUGAGCACUUUGCUAGCAUGUAAUUUAACUCUUUACUGCACUUGCAGUGUUAGAAUGUCAUCAUAUUUGUGGGACAUAUGGUUUACUGCCGAAUGAAAUGCAAUACAAUUUAUCAAACUGCAGUAGUAUUCUAAAGAGUAUAUGAGUAAAACAAGAAUCUUUCCCUCAUCUUUUAUCACUGUAAUCUUUUCGAAGUACAUAUGUUAACAGAGGCCAAGCAGUCUAACAGAGUGUUAUUUAUAACUGGAACGCUUUUAAACUCAUGAUGAAGAUAAAGUCUUCAGAAGAUUGCACAGUUUAAAUAAUUGUUAGAUUGCGUAAGUAUUCCUACCAAAUUGUUGAUUUUUCCUGCCAAAAGAAGGCAACAUGUUCACCAGUACUACCUUAAUGAACAAAAGGUUUGUAAACUGAUAUUUCCUGCUGACUGUGAUGUCCUCACUUUGUACUAAGCAGCCCACUAGAUUCAUUCAUUUUCACAGAGUACUUAAAAUUAGAAGAUGUCUGUUUAGCACUGUGUUACAAGUCUGCAUAUUACAUUAUUCAUUGUGAAGAAUCAAUAAAUAUCUCAAGGUCUUAGAGCACACAGUGCUAUAGUUAAGAAUAAAAUAACUUUCCCAAAAUAACGGUGCUCUGCCUGUUGAGAGUACAGUUUUCAUAGUGCUUGCUAGAGGAUUUUCACUACUUAGCUGGUAAAGCUUAUGGUUUUCAAACAUUUAAGGGACUGUUGAAAUUGCUACCAGGCAUUAUAUAUGUUAUUUUCACAUAUUGCGUAACAUUCAGAAUGAUAUUUGCCAUGAUUUUCCCAGUUAUCACUAUACUCUUUCUAAGUCUGAAACUGAAUGAAAAAUAUUUGAGACAAAUGUAGUAUUACAUACAUGUAAGCAGAAAUUUUAUAUUUUCCACAGUGAUAAAUUCUGUACCAAUUUUCACUAUGAAAUUUCCACGUCAAAUAAUUUCCUCAUGUCACAAUAGUUAAAAAUCAAAAUUAAUUUUCUUUGAAAGUUUCAGUGACAAAAUACAUUUUGCAGAAACUGGUAUUAAUGUUACCCUUUUUCAUAUUCAAUACAUCUGUGACAUGUGGUGAAAGUAACAAACAAGUCCAUUCAUGAAAUUCCUCUGUACCAUGUGGGUACAUAUUUGCCUUCAGAUAUUUUUACUUUUAAAGUUAAUUUAAUCUUUGUGAUGAAAAAUAACUUAUAAUAACAUAUCUAGAAUAUUUCCUGAUUGUGCCAGUACAAUGUAGGUAUUGCAAAAAAGAAAAACAAUCUUGAAAACAGACAUAUAUAGUUGCACCAUAGUACUAAGCCAGAUAUCUCUGCUUAUUUGGUUAAGUAUAUUCACCAGAUUUUCACUGCAAUGCUACAUUGUUUUUCUCUAACUACUUUCCCAAAGUUGUGAAACUUCACAAAAUGACAAGGCUAGUAGUGUGUUUAGAAUUUAAAAUAUAAUGUCCUUGCAAAUUACCUUACCAGCCACAAUACCAUCACAAUUAUAUUUGCCUGCAUUUGCAAGAGACAAAACUGGAGUAAAAUGCAUAGAAGAGAAGGUUGUAAAUUGUCAGCACAACACUGCACUUGGUUACGGUCUACUAGCAAUUAUAGAAAAUCUUGCCAGGUUCUGCAAAAAGUGAAGACAUAAUUAUCAGUUAUAUGAUCUAUUACCUAUUGUAAUGUACAUCUGUAAUUAUGCUUUGAAACAAAAGAUCGUAACUGCAAACAAUAGAGACUUUAGCACAGAACAGUGCUAUAACUAAAAGAGAAUUUAUUCUAACAUUACAAGAAUUAUUCAUGGCAAAGGUUAUAAUCUCAUUAAAAGUGCCAUCUCCUAUAUGAACAAGAUUACAGUUUAGUACAGGUUAUGCAAAGAAAGACCAAAGUAAGAAAAUAAGGAAAGCUUACUUUACUGUAUGCAGACAUCUCUGCAGGCUUGUCUGGUAAAGUAAGGCCCAGAAAGAUGCAAAUGUAAGUUGAAGCAUGAUGGGUAACUCAAUCAGGUAUGCUUGAAAGGAGCCAUUAACUAAGGAGAGGAAUGUUGUAUACAUGGAGGAAAAAAAAGCAGAAGAAAACUGAUGUAAAAUGGAAUUACAAAUGGACUGAGUUUCUUCAAACAACCCAAGAAAAUGAGGCAGAGAGAGAAAGAUAAGAAUGAGAGGUGAGUAGAGAGGAAAGAAGGAUUGUGAGCGAUAUGUUUAUUAGCCCUUCACAUGGAGGAUUGAUUAUAAAAACACGUGCCACCACAGAAUGACAGCUAAGAUGUAGUAUUAUUUACUAAGAGACAGAAUCUGGUAUUCACAGACAUAAUGUAUAGUGGUGUGCAAGUCAUCUGCACACUAUACCUGGUACACCACCAUUCUGGAUGAUGAUUCAGGAACAUGGAUCACUGAUCCCAAACAACAGUGUACAAAAGUCCACCUGUGUCUAUGUAUUUCAUGCAGAAGCACAUUGUACACAAUCAUAUAUAGUACUCUCUUGUGGCCAGUUUAGGUGUCCCCCACAGCUGCUCUACUGUGUUAUGUCACAGAGCAUCUAUAAAUGAAAGUCUGCCUGGCAUACUUUUGUACAUAAAUAGCCUGUGCUGUACUGUGCUCUUUCAUCACAAGGGACUGUAAUUCAUAAAGAAAUCACACUCAUUUGGCUGUGGAGCCAUAAUAUGGUAGUGAGGGUGUUUGAUGUGGUCAGAUCACCCAUUAGUGAGAGCGCACCAAUAUUAUUGUAUUGGGAUGGGACAAGUUUGUGUAUGAUGACAGGUUUGCUGCACCUCAGGGAACUCCGUUAUUGAGUUUGUAUAUUUGUCAGCACUGUAUACUGAGUAGCAUAUUAGCAUGGAAGGAGUAUCUCUAGACUGACAAGCACAACAUUGUGCUGUAAGUGGCUGCUGUCUUACAGGUUACCCUCUUGGAACCAUUUUGGUUCCAUUGUGUAUAAGUCCUUAUGAAUCCUUCAGGCCUUUGGUAGUCGGUGAGCUGUGGCAGUUCAUAUGUCUAUGAGGGAGCACAUAGCAAAUAAUUUGGUAAGGUUAGUGGUUUUUCGUGAGGCUUUAAAACAAAGCAGAAGUAAGAUAAAACACAUUUUACCCUUGUCUUAGUAAAGCAUAUGAACUGACAUUCAUAUGAUGUAAUAAUCCCAAAGGGCUCAGUGAUCUUAUGGAAGAGCUUGUCCCAAACAAAUAACUGGUGUCAGAGUCAUAGACUAUAACUUAAUGCCAAAAUGCAAUAUUGUGUUCUUUGGAAAAUCAACUACCUAUGGGAAUUAUCACAUUGACGAUAAAGCCAUAACACUAGACAUCAGUCAGGAAUUUGGGCACUUAUGUUAACAGUGACCUAGCUUUUGACCAACAUGUUUCCACUGUUAUGAGGAAGUCCUUUAAUAUUGUGCAGUUAAUAAAUAAAGGGAUAGGAUCUAGGUCCAGAGAGGUCACUGUCUCACUUUACUUAACUCUCAAUAGGCCUCUUAUAGAGUACAGUGCCCCUUUUGUUAUGCACCUGUCAAGGCACAUUCAACAACUGGAGAUUUCAAAAAGGUUCCUUACAAAAGCAUAGUAGGCCUAAGCACAUAAUCUACAUGAACCGCCUCAAAGCCCUGUCACUACACUCAGUCUUACACAGACUAUUAAGAGGUGAUCUAUGUCUGGCUUAUAAGACAUCCAAGAUCCCUGCACUAAUGGAUUUACUUCAUAUCUGCAAGUCAAAUGAUAUUAUAAAUACCCAGUCCAGAGACCUUACCCUCUUAUGUAGCAUAAACAGAAUGGUCUAGAGGGACAGGUACAUAUCUUAGAGGAUAAAACUACUAUGAAACAGAUGCCACAUAAAUGAAAACAAAAUCUUUUUUUGACCUUAUUCAAGUGUAAUUUAGAUGAGUGGUUGGCAAAUAUGAAAUUUACCCCAUGACUAACCCCUAUCAUAAUAAUGGACAGUGGUAGUGCUUAAAUACCCUACCUUACAGUGGAGACCCAUAAACCACUGAAGGUGAGACCCAAACAAAAAUAAUCCACUGCAAGUGAGAAGUAUUUAAAUAUAUUUAUGGCAAGAGCAGUUAAACACCUAUGGGAUAACACAACUGAGUGACAAAUAGGAAGCAUGGCUAGGCUUAAAAUUUCCUGUCUGGGAUGAUAGCCUCAUACUCACCUACAAAUCUAUAAGUGAUUUGCAUAUUUAUUUAGGCAUACACUCCAACUACCAUAACUAAACGUUUUCCAAAACCAGGAAGUAGCCAAACAAUCCCAAAUGGCUGAAAGCUUCAGUCAUGUCCUGGCAUCUUUUUCAGUUGUAAAAGUAUCUGUGUUAAGGAUUACAGUCACAGCAUUAAUAUGAGAGGACUUGCAGCCAGUGAUCAAACAAUGGCAUUCACAACUAUAUGAUGCAGUUUUAAUAAUUAGCCACGCAAGUGCCUACUGAUGGAUGAAGGCUAGAUAAAGUAGUUGAAAAUGAACAUGCCAAGUAUGACAGUCAGAUCAUAGAAUGGAUACUGUCACCAUAAAAGGGAACUGUGCAUGUGUGUGCAUGUGUGUGGUGAAGAUAAACAUUUUAUUCAUAUUCCCACAUAUACCACAGAAAUUAAUAUAGGUGAAGAACAUAUAAUACCUUCUGAUAUUAUAAAGUAUAAAAUGUGAGUUCCUUCAGACUUAAAAUGAACUGAAGUUUAUACAGUCUCUUUGUUUUAUAUACCAGAUUAAAUGAAAUGCUUGCACAAAGGUGCAAUUAUUUCAUGCCAGAAGAAAUGGCAGGUUUGAAUAUUUUUAUCAAACACUAGCUUAGCUUUCACUGAAAAUUUAAAAAAAUGUUUCAUAAAAUGUUGAGGUCUAUAAAAAGAAAGCAAGCACUCCGAUUAAUAAUAAAAAUAAUAAUGACAAUAAUUAACAAGACAGCUGCCUUGAAUAACUAAUAAGGCAAACCUUAUGACAUGGGCUGACCAUACAAAGUUAUGGACCUUAUAGUGUCACAUUGCUAUCAAUUUAUAAGCAAAUGAAACAAAAUGAAUCAGAUGUCUUCCUAUCUAAAUGUAAUAUUUUGUCAUUUAUUUUUACCUUGAUAUGCACAUGCCCAUUGUAUGAAUAAUGUGAUUUUUUUACCUUGAUGUUCAUAUUGUUCUCACUGUAUGAAUUAUGUGCUUCUUAGAAAACAGAACUAAUAAAAAUUAUGUCAAAUCAUA